AGCGAUGGAUGGCGAGGGAGUGUUGAGAGCUCCAGGUGGCGGAUAUGCUGUGGCUUGAGCGAGCCCAGACUCAGGUUGCCAGACCAGAGCACCGCCCGCUGUAAAGCAGCACAGCGAAUUCUCUCGCUGCAAACGGCAGCUUGGCAGCGGCUUUAGUUCCAAGGGUUGCCCCCCUAUGGAGCCAAGAGCUGCCUACCUAUGGAGCGCUAUGGAGCGCUAUGGAGCCUGUUUGUAUGGGGUUCACGUCGACGCUUUGUGCUGGGGCGCCGCGGACAAGUACACAGCAGGUCGCGGGCAAGUACACAGCCAAGUACAGCGGGAGUCGCCCGAGCAUUGCGUGGCAGCCGUCUCAGUGGCUCCCGCUGCUCGAUGGGCGUCUCGGAGAUACCAGCGGGAUACCUGCCCUGCGGUGCCGUCGCUACAUCGCAGUACAGCUCCCAGCCCGGGCGGUACAUGGGCACUCAGGCUGGUACAAGUACGAUACGACCAGGCAUGGCCGUGGAUCGCAGGCCGGAUCGCGAUCGCACUAGAGGCACCCGUUGGCCGAGGUUCCCACACUUUUCCAAGGAUCGCCACAGCCCACGGCAGAACAUGACCGGCAUGUGUUUGUAUUUGUGGCCGUGACUUGGGCGGUAACUGGAUGCAAGUAGAGGUGCGUGCGGUUUGCGUGCGGUUUGCGGAGAGGCGGUACUUGGGACCGGUAUGUGGGUUAGUAGUAUCGAUCGGACAACACGGUAGAGGUAGGGAGUACAGGAGACGGGAUGGGGGCCAAGGAAGUUCUUGAGGAACAACAGGAACAUGAAACUUUGGGAGCCCUGUCUUUGCUGUUUCUGGUUCGUGUUUGUCAUGGAAGCUGCGCCCUUGCCACCACAGGACAGGACAGGGGCUGACUGUUUCCCAUUUCUUACUUGUGCAGUAAUAAGUGCUGUAGUAGGACAGUAGUACUACAGUAUAGGUAUGUAGCAGUAUGUAGUGUGUAGGUACUGAUCUGUGAGAUGGAGGCAUUGGAUGGG